UGUCAGAAGCCCCAUAUGGUCUGCAGAAGGCGAGGGAAGUGUGUGUGUGUCUGUUUGUGUGCGUGUGUUAAAGGGGGGUGAAAGGGGAGCAAGAGGAGGGGGGCUGAGAAGAGAUAGAAAAAAUCAGAAGAGGUAGAGAGAGAAGGAGAGAGAGAAGGAGAGAGUGAGAGAGAGAAGCAAGAAGGGGUGUUGCUAGAGAUUCCCAUUCCCCAUAUAUGACUGGAUGCUUCACUCUUCUCCAUCCCUUGCUUCCCAUUGCUGAGAGAGAGAGAGUGAAGGGGGGACACAGCAAGGAGGGAGGGAGGGGGGAAGGGGUUAAGGAGGAGAGAGGAACGCUGAGUGAAGAAGAGGAAGAAUCAAGCAAGGAGCAGAAGAAGGACAGCCAGAGACCGAGAAGGAAAACAUCAAAAUGAAGGCACCACUAGAGAGGGUGAACCUGGCCAGCCUGGGCAUCGUGAUACUAGCACAAGUCCUCUUUGUACAGUGCACAGAGCUCUUCCCUCCAGCUGAUAAUUACACCGUGAGUCAAGGGGAUAACGCCACUCUUAGUUGUUUAAUCGAUGACAAAGUGACAAGAGUGGCCUGGUUGAAUCGAUCCAACAUACUGUAUGCUGGGAAAGACAAGUGGUCCAUAGACUCACGGGUGCAGCUGCUGAGCAACACGGAUAGCGAGUAUAGUAUUGUUAUCACCCAUGUAGAUGUUGCUGAUGAAGGUUUAUAUACCUGCUCCUUCCAGACUGAGGAUAUGCCUCACACCUCUCAAGUCUAUCUUAUUGUACAAGUUCCGGCGAAAAUAGUCAACAUCUCGUCCAGUGUAACUGUAAAUGAAGGUAGUAACGUGAAUCUCCAGUGCUUGGCCGUGGGGAAACCUGAGCCUACUAUAACCUGGCAGCAGAUAGCAGAGGGCUUCUCGAGUGAAGGCGAACUCUUGGAGAUCACGGAGAUAAACCGGCAACAGGCGGGAGACUAUGAGUGCGUCACCUCCAAUGGGGUCUCCAUCCCUGACACCAAGAAGGUGCAGAUCACUGUCAACUAUCCACCCUACAGCAUAAAUGCAAAGAGCGCCCAGUCGCCAGUAGGCAAAUCCGCAGUGUUACGAUGCGAAGCAAUGGCCGUGCCUCCCGCCAAGUUUGAAUGGUACAAGGAUGACAAACGACUGAUCUCCGGGACGGACGGAUUGAGCAUUCAGAGUGAAAGUAUUUGGUCAAUGAUCCUGUUUUCAAAUGUCACCUCAAGGCAUUAUGGGAAUUACACUUGCUUGGCAUCCAAUAAACUUGGCUCAUUUAACAGCAGCUUGCGACUACUCAAACCUGGUGAUUCUCUCAGUCAUGGUGUGAUCCAUACGGUAUCUCCACUACUGCUUGGCUUACUUCUUUCUUCCCUCCUACUUACAGUCUAAAAACUAUUCCAGAAAGGGUUCCCAUGACGAGCAGAAGGAAAAAAAAAAAAAAAAAAGAUUACACAAGAAAUACAAUAACAGUACAAAAAAAAAUAUGUUUUUAGAAGAAGUUUUCGACACUGUGAGGGAACAAUUUAUGCAUUUCUAAAAACCGCAUCAUUGACUCGCUGCGCCUUCUUACCAGACACAGACAGGGAUUUACUCAAAAGGGAGGAAGACAUUUGGCGACCGAGGGAACAAGAAAGAGAACUGAUACAGGCAAAUAUAAAGGAAUCAAGAAGACCUAAGACAUAAGAGCAGAGUCUGGAAAGGAAGGUUGAACCUCAUGAGCAAAUAUAAGACAGAAGGCUGUUAUUAAUAUUUAAAUCAUAUUCAGCGAUGAUACAGAUUGUACCUGUCUUCGUCACUGAAUUCAGUUCCCUCUGCACCUUAUACCACUCAUAAAUGGAUCUUGGAGAACCUGAGAAACAAAAUGUCUAUGUUUUGAGACGUCCUCACUCAACCUUCUCCCCUCCACAUCACUGUUGCUGUACAAAUUUUCCUCCGACACCCUGCCCUUUAAAGAAGUCAACACCAAUAAUUCCAUUCUAGUAGAUGCCGAUUCCUUACUAUGAAUGCCAACUGUCCCUAGACUUCCAAUGAAGACAUCGGUCAAUGUUCUCCAACGUUCUCCAGCAUGUAUUUAGCAUGAAGGAGGCAUUGACAGAAGAUAAACAGGGUGCAGAGAGACAUGUUCUGUUGACUUUAUUUUGGAUUAUACCUUCCUAUUCCCAUUCACCUGGCACACCCACUGAGAUUUGACUUAUACCUUUGAUCUUAAAUCAUAAAAGUUAGGUUGUUCCAUUUCUGUACUUACAUGUCGGUUUUCUCCAAAGCACAUACACUGCACUUGUGGAUGUUGGCAGAACUAUCUGGAAGGGACGGAAAACAGAGGCAUGGAACAAGCAUUUGGAGAUUUACAGCUGUUGUUUGAUAGGUGAUGGGUACUGAAAUUGUAUUGAGGAAUCUAUACCCACCAUAUCAAAGACAACAGAUAAUGGAAGCAUAUAUACAUCUUUAGAAAUACAUUAAGGGAUAGUCACAAUCCCUAAAACUUUUACAAAAUUGCAUAUGCCUGUCAUUCAUCACCAGUGUCUGUGACAUUUUUGUGGGUAUUAUACAAACCCCUGUUCCCCUUUCGUAGCCAUGAAAGAAGGGAAGCACGGGGCCUUGAGUAUUGUCUGACUGUUAGCUGUCUGUCUGCAUGGUCCUAUCACUGAUUGCAAGCCCCGGGCUCAUUGGUCAUCGUUGAAUUAUUUUGACAUGGGAAACUCAGACCCAUCAGGGUGUAAUGUUGUAGUGUGUGAAAAUGGAAGGGGCUGAGAUUAGAGAAAUUAAAAAUGCUUCCAUCACCCAACAAGUGCUCCACAAAGUCUAUAAUAAAGCUCCAGAGAUUCAUGUCACCCAUUGACCCUUCAGAAGCUGCCAACAAUGAAAACUCAUGCUGGUCUUUCCACAACGGCAGGCCUGAUCCAACCUUGUCUUUGUCCUUGGCGUCUGUUUGUCCGUCCACCUGUUUAUAUCCGAUACUCAUGGGGGGCCUGACACGUGGUCCCAACCAGAGCUUCCAAGCUGUGCAUCUGAGCAAUGCAUUCUGCCAUUUCACCAUCUUGUAGGGUUUUUGCAUUUAUGUUGGGGCACUUUAUGGCUCAUCACAAGAAAAUUGAAAGCAUUUUGAUUUUGUUUUAGGAGGUUUUUUUUUUUUGCAAAAAAAAAAGAUAAAAUACUUGUGAAUAUUGGCAAAGAAAUGUAAAAAGUGUUAUAAUAUAAGAGAGAUAAAAAUUCUACCGAGAGCUUGAGUGCUAAUUUCCAUGCAAACGUUGCCAUCAUAGAAAUGAGUGUAUGAUGCUCCUCUCCGUGAUUUAUAGGCAGUCCCCGCGCACAUCAGGAAUCAAUAGCUUGAUGAAAAAAUCUAAUUGUUAUUCAGAAUUCCCUUCACGCACCCCAAUCGAUCACUCAGGUUAUGGGAUCUAUAAAAGAAUGUGGUUGGACCAUACCCAUAAAUCUCCUCUUUGAUCUUCAGCUGUUUUCUCAUUGCAUCCACGCCGGGGAAGCUUGCACUUCAAGCCCAAGUCUUGUUUACAGGUUUAUUUGUUUUUUUUUUAACUGAUUUUAUUUCUGUUAUUAAAAAUCACUUUUACCUUU